GGAUCCUGUCUCCCUUCAACAAUAAAUUAAUAAAUAAAUAAGACAGAACCAAUUAAUCUCUUGAGUCUUGACCCUUCUCUCAUCCUCUGUCUGCUCUACACUUCCUUCUCUCUCCCACACAAAACACUGUACUACUUCCAUUUAACAAGAUGAGUGACCCAUAUGGUUUUCCAGAGGAUCUCCGGAGACUAAUAUCAGCUAGAACCACCACCAACAACACACUUUCAGAGCCACCACCGUGUGCUUAUGGUGGUGGACACGGUGGUGUAAACGCUCCUACUCCUUUUUUUCCUCCACCAAACAGCUACGACCCUAUGAUGGUAGGGGAUCACGUUUUCUUACCUCGUGGCUUCACUCAUCAGUAUCUUCAUCAUCAUGACUAUUCCACCAGUACUGUUAACCCCACAAAUAGCUCUACUACUGUUGCUGCUGCUGCUUCAGAUCAUGCUGCUGCUACUGCUACUGUUACUACUUCUGCAUUAUUCUGCAGCAGAAUAGACACUGCUGCUACUGCUGCAGAUAAAGGGUGGUUGGGGUUUGACUCCGGGAACAACAGGUGGCCUAGGCAGGAGACUCUUUCUCUUCUUGAGAUCAGAUCUCGUCUUGAUUCCAAGUUCAGAGAGAAUAACCACAAAGCACCCUUGUGGAAUGAAAUUUCUAGGAUAAUGGCUGAGGAAUUUGGGUACCAAAGAAGUGGAAAGAAAUGCAAAGAGAAGUUUGAGAAUUUGUACAAGUAUUACAAGAAGACCAAGGAAGGUAAAGCUAGUAGACAAGAUGGGAAGCACUACAGAUUCUUUAGGCAGCUUGAAGCAAUAUGUGGAGAACCAAAUACUCAUCAUGCCUCAACUUCAGACAAAAACCCCCUUGGUUGUAUUCAAACUCCAACUUUCACAAUUAGCCAAGAGAACAACAACAACAAUGGCCAUGACUUCAACAACCUCAAGUCCUCAGAGAGUCUAAGUGUCUCAAACUCAUCUGAAUUUGACACCUCCUCAUCUGAGAACAAUGAUGAGGAUCUUUCAGCCAUUGCACACAUGAUGAAUAAGCAGAAAGGGUUACACCAGGGACAAAGUAGUCAUAGAAGGAACAGAAAAAGUUGGAGAGCUAAAGUGGAGGAGAUGGUGGAUUCCCACAUGAGGAAGAUUAUAGAGACUCAAGAUGCUUGGAUGGAGAAAAUGUUGAAUGUUGUUGAGCAACGAGAGCAAGAGAUGGUGUCUAAAGAGGAAGAAAGGAAGAAAAAAGAGUCCUUGAGGUUUGAUCAACAAGUGCAUCAACUUUGGGCUAAGGAAAAAGCAUGGGUUGAAGCUAGAGAUGCUGCAUUGGUUGAGGUUGUGAAGAAACAUAUUGGGAUAGAACUUGAAGCAUUGCAACCAAAUAAGAACAAGAACCAAGCAAAUGAUUAUCACUGUGAAGGUGUUGAACAAGGAAGUUGGUCAGAGAUGGAGAUUUCAAACUUGAUUCAGCUGAGGACUAGUUUGGAACAGCGAGUGAGAGAAAGUGGGUAUUUGGAGAAUAAUGUUGUUUGGGAUGAAAUAGCUGAGAAAAUGGCUUGUUUGGGGUUUGAAAGGAGUGCAGGUGAGUGCAAGCAAGUGUGGGAUGAGAUCAGCAUUUCUCUGAGAAGGACAGUGGAGGAGUGUGGUGGCAAAGCAAGGCCUUGGUGUUUGGGACUGAAGCUGACGGAUGAUUGAAGUCAUGCAUCACAGGUUUUGGAGUUCUGAGCGUGAAGAGGAAACUUGUAGCAGAAACAAGGGCGUAAAAGGGUAAUUCAUUGGGUUUUGUUUCCAUCACAUUCUUUUCAUAUCUGUUUCUACUAUUUUUAUAUCACUUAUCAUGUCUACUAUUUUUCUAUUCUAUUUCACUCUUUAAGUGUCGAUGAAAAUGAAGUGUAAAUUAACCUUUUCUAGAAAUUAUAACAUGUGUGGUUUAUAGAAUAAUUAUAUCUUCACCACAUUUUUAAGGUGUGGAGAGGUGGAGAAAAAGAGAGAUAUAUGAAGAAAGAAUAGAGAAAGUGAAGAUAUGAUAUGUGAUUUGAUUGAUAAAGAAAAGAGAAAUAAUAGAAAAUGAAAUUAGAAAAAGAGUGAAGAAGUGUGUAUAUA